AUGACGCUUCCGGAUUUGGCUAUGGAUAUCGACCUGAUGGGUGCCCAGCCCGCUCUGUUCAAGCUUUAUACCCAACUUGCCUUGUUCUUUCCGCUGUCGGAGGAGGGGCAGCAGGUACCAGCGUCACGGGAACGUAUCACUGCGAUCAUCACCGCCGGAUUGGCAGAGCUAGCAAAGACUUUCCCGUGGGUUGCUGGGAAGGUCGUCGACGUCAAUGCCAAUGCAAAUUCUCAUUCUGAUGACUCCGAUUCCGACGUCACGGCCAAGCCCCUUUACAGGAUCCGGCCGCUCGAACCGGUGCCGCAAUGUAUCGUACGAGAUUAUACUUCCGAUGCGGAGAUACCCAGUUUGGCGCAGAUCAUAGAUGCGGGUUUUCCGAUGCGCAUGUUGGGUGAAGAGACUUGGGCGCCGUGUCCUACGCUCGCUGCUUUGGGGUUUGAUCCGAGGAAAGCGUCUGGGGAGGAUGAUCGGCCUGCUCCCGUGAUGCUGGUGCAGAUCAGUUAUAUUCGGGGUGGUAUGGUGCUUUGUGUUAAUCUGCAACAUAAUGUGUGCGAUAUGAUGGGGCAGGCGGCUGUGAUAGGCUGGCUGUCAAAGGCUUGUGCGGGUGAGGAGUUCACUGGAGAGGAGCGAAAGGUAGGGAAUAUGGUAAGGACGGGUGUUGUACCGCUUAUUGAGGAUGAGGGAUGGGUGCCGGGAAGGGAACUGCAGAACCAGCUUUUUCUUCCUGCUCCCAUGGUUGUCGAAGAGGAGAAUACCGCUGAGUCAACGGUUGCUGGAGCACCUGUAAAAUCCAGUUGGGUGUACUUCGACUUCUCAGCAUCGUCUUUGAAGACACUAAAAGAUCUUGCGACCACCACACUUCCCCAAGACUUCACUAGUUACAUAUCAACCGACGACUCCCUCUCCGCAUUCAUCUUCCUCUCCGUCCUCCGCGCAAGACAAACACGUCUACCCCCAUCCACCCCAACAACUCUCGCCCGCGCCGUCGACGCCAGACGCUACCUAAACAUCCCCCCCAACUACCCCGGCAUCCUACAAAACAUGGCAUACACGCGCUACACCCUCUCCACCCUCCUCUCCACCCCCCUCGGCCACAUCGCCGCUUCAAUGCGCCAAUCCAUCGACCCCGCAACCUCAGACAUCGCAUUCCGAACACGCUCCCUCGUCACUUUCCUCGCGCAAUCGGCAGACAAUGCGGUGAAAACGAGUCCGACUGCUACUCUCGAUAUGAGCGUUGAUAUUGCGCUUAGCUCGUGGACGAAAGUGCCGGCGCACGAGUGGGACUUUGGACUUGGGUUGGGGGGUGCGGUUGCUGUAAGGCGACCGGGCUUUGUGCCUGUGGAGGGGCUGGUGUAUUUGAUGCCGAAGAGUAGGGAUGGGAGUGUGGCUGUUGCGAUGUGUUUGCGAGAGGAGGAUUUGGAAGGUCUGGAAAGGGAUGAGGAGUGGGGAAGGAUGGCUACGUAUGUUGGUUGA